GUGGGUGUAUUUCUCCAACUACGUGUGCAGCAGCUUUAAAGACACACCUGUUUCUGCUCGGCAAUCAGAUGGUUCUCUGGUGAUUGAGGGUUCCCGUGUGUUGACUUAUCCGUUUUUCAUACGGGAAGAUGGGUUCACAGAGACAGAACAGUGUGUCGGGCCCACGCCGGUUCCUGACCUCCGCCCCGUUGGUCAUGGCUCUGCUCUUCCCAGCCGUCACUCUGGACAGCCUGCUGUGCUACCACUGUCCUCUGCAGCGCAAAGGCCAGCCCUGCCCGAACGUCACCAGCCAGUGUCUACCUCACCAGCGCUGCUCCAGUUCCAGGGGCCGCUACGGCUCGGUCCACGUCCUGUCUGCUCGGGGCUGCGUGGACAGCGACCUCUGCGGCUCCCACCAGAUCCUCUCAUACCGCGGAACCGAAUACAACGUCAGCCACGGAUGCUGCUGCGAAGACAAAUGCAACGGGGCGCCGAAGCUCGACGGCAACCUCAAGAUGCUGCUGGGGGUAGUCUCAGAAAAAACAGACAGCGUGAACAACGUUCUUAGGGAGGAGACUCGGGAUUCGUGCGCGAAUUACACAUCAUCAACGACAGCUGCUUCACCUGCCACUAGAGCUUAGGAGAACGUGUUGAAGACAAGGGAGAGGCCUGAUGGACAUGGGUGCUUAACUGAGUCUCCGAAAGGUUUAGGCAAAUAUUUGAAGCCUUGUGACCACUGCUGUUUUGUUGUUUUUUUGCAAAAUGUACAAAUGAGAAAAUGCCUCCCUGCAUUUUGUGUGCACUCCAGAGAGAAGAAGGUGGACUUGUCAGCCAUCCUCCUGGACUUCUAGAGUUACUACCGACAUUGUUUCUGUUCUGACAAACGCAGCAAAAUAAAGAGCGCCGCGAUAAAACUCCCA